GCCUGUUGCAUAUUCAUACGCCUCAUACAUGAUGCAUAAAUUCCAUUCAAACAAAGGAUUCUGUCUGGUCAGUGUCAGCUUCUUCCUCUGAAUCCUGACGGCGCCUUCAGGGCUGAGCGAGGCAGGAAGAAGUUAGUUUCUUCUGAUAAUGGAGCAAUAAAUUCUCUUUCUCUGAAAGAUUUAGGUGUCCUGUGGCUGCUCUCUCGGUGCGAGUACCUCUUUCCUCUCUUUAAAAAAAAUAUCCCACAUGCAUAGUUUCUAUUUUAACAUUACGUUAUAACCUAAAACUGUAUUUAACACACUACUUGAGAAAAUUAACACAGCGUAGCUUUCUAACAUAACGCAUAUAAUAGUCAUUUUAAUAUUUGUGGAAGGCCAAUCAUAAAACACGCAUUUUUCACCGGGUGCCGGCGCAGGGAACGGAAAAUCGCUGCAAUCCCCUCAGAGCCCAGAACAUUCCAGGGCCCCUGCCCCCUCACAGACGGGGCACGAGCUGCGCAUGCGCGCUUCGCGAGCGCCGCUGGCUGCGGGCGGGCCCCGCCCCCUGCGUUUGCGCACGGCCCCUCGGCAGCGCCCGCUGAGGGCGAGGGCGGGAAAAGGCGCCCUGAGGCCUCAGGGGAGGCCUGUGCUGCCGUGAAAAUCAAGAAUCUGAUGCUGGGGAUGAUUAGAGGAGCCAUCCUGCUCUGCUUGGUGAAAAGUACAGGCACAGGAGUCUCUGCAGAAUGGCAACUGCUCAGAAGCAAAGGAAUUCUGUGAGUGCAGUUGUGUUUCCCAAGAAAAUAGCCACGGAGCAGCAAUCCCUGAUGCUGGUGAAGAGGCUCCUGGCAGUGGCAGUGUCCUGCAUCACGUACCUGAGGGGAAUCUUCCCUGAAAGUGCCUAUGGCACCAGAUACAUGGAUGAUGUUUGUGUCAAAAUUCUGCGAGAAGACAAAAACUGUCCUGGCUCCACCCAGCUGGUGAAAUGGAUGUUAGGAUGCUAUGAUGCCUUGCAGAAGAAAUACCUGAGGCAGAUUGUCCUAGCAGUCUAUACCCAGACAGAAGAUCCUCAGACAGUCACAGAGUGUUACCACUUCAAGUUCAAGUACACCCACAAUGGGCCACUCCUGGAUUUUGGCAGCAAGGACAAGAAGGCUGAGUGCCCCAUCAGCUGUGCAGACACCAAGAAGGCCAGCAUCCUCCUGAUCCGCAAGAUCUACAUCCUGAUGCAGAACCUGAGCCCCCUGCCCAACGACGUCUGCCUCACCAUGAAACUGCUCUACUAUGAUGAGGUUACACCCCCUGAUUACCAACCUCCAGGCUUCAAGGAGGCCAAGGACGAGGGGCUGCUGUUUAAGGAGGAGCCCAUGUACCUGAAUGUGGGGGAAGUGCCAACACCUUUCCAUCUGCUGAAACUGAAAAUUACAACGGAGAGACAGCGCAUGGAGAACGUUGAUAAGAGCAUCCUGAAGCAGGGAGAGACUGCCGAGCCUCUCCAGGUGUGUGGGCUGAGCGGAGAUGACCCAGAGAAAGAGAGCCAGGACAUGAAUGACGAUCCUGGCUUGGAUAAUGAAGUGGAAGAUAAGAAUCAUGUGAAUAUUUCAGAAGCUCAAGAAAAGAAUUCCCCUCAUGAAGAGGAAGCUGGAGGGAUCCAGACUCCCCCCCAUGUUUCUAAUCCUCAGGUUGAUCAUUUGACCCGUAAAACAUCUGAGCUGAUUGUGUCAGAGAGCAGGACAAGAAGUGGAAAGAUAUUCCAAAGCUGCAUUGUGCACCAGGCUGAGCUCUCCUCCAGCCAGGACGUGCUGCCCAAAAGGAGGAAGCUCAGCGAGCCCAAGGAGCAGUUUUAGUUGCCCAAAAGGAGGAGGCUGAGCGAGCCCAAGGAGCAGUUUUAGUUGCCCAAAAGGAGGAAGCUCAGCGAGCCCAAGGAGCAGUUUUAGUUGCCCAAAAGGAGGAGGCUGAGCGAGCCCAAGGAGCAGUUUUAGUUGCCCAUCUCCUGCUGUCCUGAGUUCUCCACUCCUGUUUGUUGUUCUCUGUUGGGUUUGAAGGAUUGUUCUGCUCCGUUGGCAGGCCCAGGGCAGGGUGUUUUAAAGAAGGAAGAUGGCAGGAAGCCCAGCUGACGAAUUCCAGACUCAUUUUGUACAGGACCAUCGGGCAGGACCAGAAAUCCCUGGGUUUGGGGGUUUGUGGGUUGGCUCCGGGUCCUGAUGGCGAUGGAGGGAAUUCAUCCCCCAGCACAAGGUUUCCCCAGUGCCUCUGGGCUCUGGUUCCGAGCUGAGGCCCUGCCUGCCCCGAAACCUCUCCAGUUUUGGGAUGAUUUCCAGGGCUCUCCAGAGGUCUGGGCUGUCAGUUACAGGCUGUUACAGUUUUUGGGGUUACAGUUUUUGCUUUUCCUACCGGGACAGCUGGAGGCGUUGGAUGCUUUGCAUUUCUUCCAGACCAGAAGCACAUCCUCAGGUGAAGAACAAGCUCUCUUCGUGCCUUAAAUUCCAGGCUCCCUGCCAGAACGCAUGAAUUUCGGUAUCCGUGGCUCUUCAGCUCGGUUCCGAGCUGUGGGAGCACCGGGAGAGCCCGGCCGUGCUCAGAACGAUUCCUGGCAGGGCUGGGCCGCGGGGCCGAGUCCUCCUGCAGCCCCAGAGCGUCCGGUGUCACGGAACGGGAGUGAAGCCGCUCCCGCCGCCAGCGGCGGGACAGCUGAACGUUCCUUGGCGGUUUUGGCUUUUACGUUAGCAGUGUCCGUUCGUCAUCGGUCCUCUAUUAA